AGGUCAGAUCAAAAUAUUUAAAAGUAACGAUAUCAACAAUUUUUCAAUUAAUUGAAUUUGAAUACUUCAAUUCAAGACUAAUUACAUUCCCAUGACUAUAGAACAAGAUGAAAUACCAAUGGUGGAGCCAAUAGUGGAAUCCACAGAAUCCAUCAAGGUAGUAUCAACUCCAAAAAAACUAGUGCUUCAAGAGCUGCUGGAUUCUAUACAACCGCGUCCAGUUUGGAAUUUAUCACCAUCAAAAUCACCAGGUAAGAGAGGUAUUAUCAAGCUUCUGCCUGAGAAGGGUAUCAAUUCAUUAUUUUCACCCGUGAAAACUCCAAAUGGUAGAGCUGGAUUAAUAUCCCCUGUCAAGAGGUCAUCGGAUGCCAUAAACAGAUCUGCUCGUAAAAGAGCUGUCAAUAGUUCUAUGUAUUCUCGUUUAAUGGAUGAAUUAGAUAAUGAUGAUGGUUCUGAUCCAAAUGAUGCACUCACAAUCCAAGAAUCAAAUUUGGCUGAUAUAAUCAUUAAGAGUUCUAGAGACGAUGGUGAUUUUCGUGGUUAUGGUAGUGAUGUUGAGUUCGAAGAGGAUUUGACAUUGGCAUCAGGUAAGAGAACGAGAAGGAAGAAAGUUAGCUAUGAUGAAGAUGACGACGACGAAGAAGAUGAUGAAGAACUUGACGACACCGAUACCAAUGAAGGGGACCUCGAUUCAGGAGAAGAGUUAGAUGAUAAUGAAUUUGAAGCUCCAAAGAAAAGACAAACCCGAACUCGUACUCGAACUACUAAAUCACCAAGAACUUUGAAAAGAAGAAGAGUUAAAGCCAAAAGAGAUCCGAAUAGUGCUAAAACAUCUGUAAUAAGAAGAUCAAAAAUGGGUAGACCUACGAAAGCAGAAGGGGUUGUAGGAAAAAUCAAGAGUAUAUUUCAUGAAGAUGAUGAACUUUUAUUCAAAGAUAAUGCUAGACUAAGCAGAUCAGGAUCGCCUAGUUCUAAGCCAAAUGGAAAAGACCCAUAUAAUGAUUCAUUGAUAAGUGAUACAUUAAUAACUAUUCCAGUGAUAUCAGGGAUUGAAAAGCUCAAGACUGAUGCUGAACAAGAAACUGAAAAGCUUGAAUUUGUUCCAUUACCAAUUCCAAAAACAGAUUCAUCUGGUGUCAUAAUAGAUAAGGAAUUCUUGGAUACUUACUUUUCAGGAAAAGCUUUUGAGGAUAUUUCAAAAGGUAGAUUUUUGGAUGAAAAAGCAUUCUUUUUAGAAGGUUCCGAAGGGUACUUUGAGCAGCAUAGUGGUAGAACUACAUUGAGUAGCUCUUCACUUUCACAGAUGGCUCCACUGAUAGAUUAUAGUCAAUUCAUACCAUUAAUAAACUUAUGUGGUGCGGUGUCUAAGAAUGAAAAAGAUCUAUUAAUCAAUUUGCAUAAGAUAUUGUAUCAUCAAUGGUGUUUCGAAUUAAGUCAAGGAUUUAAUUUAUUAUUCUAUGGAGUCGGUUCUAAGAUAGAUUUACUUUCAGAUUUUGCUGAAAAUUACUUUGGAGAUUGGUUUAAUCAAUGCUAUAAUGAAGACAUGCCUGCUAUACUUGCUAUAAAUGGGUUUAAUCCAAGUUUAAAUUUUAAAACUGCUAUUCAGGAGAUUGUAUCAGUUUUUAUACCUAAAAAUUCGCCAAUGCACAGUAGCGUUCCAAAACAUGUUUCAGAAACUGUACCUUUCUUGAUUAAUCAUCUUGCAAGCAGAAGAACUUCUAAUCCAAAACCAAAGCUUGUAUUAUUAAUUCAUAAUAUUGAUGGUAAAAGUUUCAGAGAUGAAAAGACUCAAAAUUUACUCUCGCAGUUAUGUUCCGUGCCAGAGAUUUGGGUGAUUACUUCAGUGGAUAAUAUAAAUUCACCUUUAAUGUGGGAUAUGUUCAAACUUAAGAAUUAUAACUUCUUAUGGCAUGAUUUAACUACUUUUUCUACUUAUCUGAUAGAAUCAUCAUUUAGAGAUGUAUUAAGUAUGGGUAGAUCAAAGAAAUUAGCGGGUGAUUCAGGUACUAAAUAUGUGUUAAGUUCAUUAACUUCCAACCAUAGAAACUUAUAUAGAAUAUUGUUGGAUAUGCAAAUUAAUAAUUUAAAAGGCUCAGCCACAUCAGAUGCAUCUAGAAAUGUGCUUAAGGGAACUACGCGGUCAGGAGUUGAAAUGAAAGCGUUAUAUGAAGCAUGUGUGGAACAAUUCAUCACAUCUAAUGAAAUAACGUUCCGUACCUUACUUGGAGAAUAUGUGGAACAUAAGAUGUGUAAACUUGUUAAAGAUGAUUCUGGUUUAGAGAAAGUAUUCAUUCCAUUUAGAUAUGAUGAAAUGCAAAAGAUAAUGAAAGAUGAAUUUGCAGUAUAAUUACAUUUAUAGUUAGAAUAAUUAUAUACAGUACACCAUUUCCACGUGACGAAAUCAAACCAGAAAUUAGAGUGCUAAUAAAAAAAUGCUGUAGGCAAAUUUGGCUUAAGUACCAGA